CCGCCGCCUCGCUGGCCCGGCGGAGGACUGACGGCAGGGAGCCGGCGGAGGCGGGGGAGAGAGAAGAUGGCGGAGGCCUCGGCGGCGGCGGCGGCCGCCGUGUCCCAGCACCGCUUCUUCUGCCACAGCUGCAAAGGGGAGGUCAGCCCCAAGCUGCCGGAAUACACUUGCCCGAGAUGUGAAUCCGGCUUUAUUGAAGAAGUCACAGAUGAUUCCAGUUUUCUAGAUGGCAGCGGCAUAGACGACGGCCCUUCCACACAGUUUGCAGAGCUUUGGGACCAUUUGGACCACACGAUGUUCUUUCCCGACUUCAGACCCUUCCUAAGUAGCAGCUCACUGGAUCAAGACAGCAGGGACAACGAGAGGGGCCACCAAGCCCACGCCGACCUCUGGGGACCGAGCCGACCCCCCCGAUUGCCCAUGACGAGGAGAUACAGAUCCCGGGGCAGCUCCCGCCCCGACAGGUCUCCUGCCAUCGAAGGAAUAAUACAGCAGAUCUUUGCGGGGUUUUUUGCAAACUCAGCGAUUCCUGGCUCACAGCACCCUUUUUCCUGGAGUGGGAUGUUGCACUCCAAUCCCGGGGACUACGCCUGGGGACAGAGCGGCCUUGAUGCUAUUGUCACCCAGCUCCUGGGGCAGCUGGAGAACACGGGGCCACCUCCAGCCGACAAGGAGAAGAUCUCAUCUCUCCCAACGGUGACAGUAACUCAGGAACAAGUUGAUACGGGUUUGGAGUGUCCUGUGUGCAAGGAGGACUACACGGUGGCCGAGCAGGUCCGGCAGUUGCCCUGCAACCACUUCUUCCACAGCAACUGCAUCGUGCCCUGGUUAGAGCUGGUAAGGACCCACCGC